GUUUCUUUCUCCUCUCUGCUCAGUACGCUCACCACAUCACUCAAUCAUAAUUUUUCAUUUUCAUAAUUAGAAAUUAUUAAUUUUCGCGAGGCGAAAAAUGGUAUCGACAAUGACUAAAUUUAGUCGUGUCGCAACAACUAUGGCAGACUCGGAGUGGCCGAACGGCAAUCUCACUGAAGUCAUUGGACGCCAAUUGGACGCUUCAUCAUCAACGACAACCACCAGAGAUUGUCCCAUGAUAAAUACUAUUGAUACGGAUGCAUUUCCCUAUGGAACCACUACAAGUACCACUGGUGAAUCUAGGUGCAAUGAGGAACUUGAACAGGAAGGAGACUUUUCGCCUGUACUCUGUUCGACGAAUUUUGAGACAGAAAGGAGAAUUAGGAGACUAGAUGUUGAAGAUGACAACUCUACUACCAGUGAAUGUAAACAGAAUGAAGUACCCCCCGUUUUUCAAGAUAUCGAGUUUAAUCCUGAGGAAAUGAUUCCAAUCCUGAUUAACACAGACCUAUCUGAACUUCAACAUCUGAUGGAUAAUGAAAUUUUGGCUGAAAGAAGUCUCAGUUGGUUCGAAUUUAUACAAAUAUAUAGGCCCAAACCGGACGACUAUAUACUUAAAGGUGACAAUGGAUGUAUAUUAGACUUGAAAUCAAAGAUUGGGGAUUACAUUGACAUUUCACCAGUGGUCAGCUGCUACCCAGUCUUUAUUCACGCGAAACGUGCUCACCAAUCUCAACCCUCAUCACAAUUUGAAGGUCCUAAAAACGUACGACGGAAAUUCAAGCGGAAAUCCCCACGUCGAAAACCAAAACCGAAACGUCGUAAAAUUCAGCUUGAGACUGACAUAAGACACGCAGAAGAGGACAAUAUGGGUCGUACGAAAACAGGGAAUAAAUUGAAUAACAAACAUAUUGACCGCAGCAACGAACCCUUGGACAUUCCUCAAAGUGUAGAUACACUCAACACGCACACAAAUCUGGUUCUACCAAACCUGAAGUCUCAGGUUAUGAACUUUGUGAAAAAUAAAUUUUCAAAUCGUGAUAUGUUGAGAAUACGUGAAGAGUUGAUGAAGUUGAAAGAUGACGAGGACUAUUUCAAAUUGACGUCUCUUACCCCUUUAACUGCCGGUUUAUUGGAACAAAUGCUUUGUCGUAAUUUACCAACUCAAGAUUCAACGACAUCAUGACAGUGGUUAUCUAAAGCUAAAUUACAAAUAGUUGUUUACAUACUGCUGUACAAGAUAUAUCUACUCUUUUCAUGAAAGUAUUUAUUUUCUCAUUUAAUAUUAUAUUGCUUUACAAAUGGUUAAUGAUCAAUUAAUGAUUUUGCAUACUUAUCAAUACUACUAUAGAUAACUAAUAAAGCAAAGUACAACCGUAUAAAAAUAAAACAAAAGAA